UAGGGGCCUGAAGGGGCCUUUUUCUAGUACCGGAACAGUUGAGAGUUCAACGGCAAGCUUAGGAGAUGCCGCCGAAGGGGAAAAGUGGUUCUGGAAAAGGGGGGAAAGGAGGUGCAGCCUCUGGGAGUGACAGUGCUGACAAGAAGGCUCAGGGCCCUAAAGGUGGUGGCAAUGCAGUAAAGGUCAGACACAUUCUGUGUGAAAAACAUGGCAAAAUCAUGGAAGCCAUGGAAAAGUUAAAAUCUGGAAUGAGAUUCAGUGAAGUGGCUGCACAAUACAGUGAAGAUAAAGCCAGGCAAGGGGGUGACUUGGGAUGGAUGACCAGAGGGUCCAUGGUAGGACCGUUUCAAGAAGCUGCAUUUGCCCUGCCUGUAAGUGGGAUGGAUAAGCCUGUGUUUACAGACCCACCUGUUAAGACAAAGUUUGGCUAUCAUAUUAUUAUGGUUGAAGGGAGAAAAUAAAAUCACAUGGAAGACUGGA